GGGAGCGGGAGGAUGCAGGCGAUGCCGCGCUGCAGGGCCGUCACCCAGCCCCGAGCCUGUCAGGAGCAGGACAGUUUGCGUGAAGUGAGCCUCUCUACCCAGAGGCUGCGUGUGCUGCCUCCAGCCGUCCUCAGCAACCCCAUGCUGGAGAGCCUUGACCUCGACAGGAACAAGCUCAGGAGCAUCACCGGCAUUUCUAAGCUUUGCAACCUGAAGAAGCUAAUACUGUCCAAGAAUGAGAUUGUGAACUUUCCCAAUGAAAUCCAGAGCCUGGUCUGUUUAGAGAAGCUUGAGCUGAAUCAGAACCAAAUCUGGGUCAUCCCAGAGGGGGUGUUCUCUCAUCUCCCCAGGCUUAAACACUUGCGGCUGAACAAUAACCGUCUCAGUGCCCUCCCCAGGGACCUGGCAGCUUGUCGAGGCAGCCUCCAGUACCUCAACAUCUCCAACAACCUGUUCCGGACCUUCCCCCAGCCUGUCCUGCAGCUGGCACACCUACAGGAGCUCCACAUGCAGAAUAAUGCCCUUCACCAGCUCCCCAAGGAGCUCUUCCAGGGCCAAUCUCUGAAAAUGUUAAAGGUCAAUGGGAACCCCCUCCGGGAGCCACCCAGUGAAGUGUGUGCUGGUGGCAUCCAGCAGAUCAAGAAUUACUUCAACCAGCUUCAACACAAUUUGGGGCAGGAAGACAAGAGGGUGAAGACCAUGUUCCUGGGGGCCUCACUUGCAGGGAAGUCCACCAUCUGCAAAAGCCUGAAGCAAGGGCGAACCAAACUGGUGCCCCAGGAAGAGCGAACAGUUGGGAUAGAGAUCAGUGAGUUCCGGAUCGAGGACUUCAAGUUUCUCUUCUGGGACUUCGCUGGCCAGCUGGAGUACUACAUGACUCACCACGUGUUCAUCACCCCACAGGCGCUUGUCAUCCUCGUCAUCAAUCUCCACAUGUACCAAACUAAUGACAAGACUUUCAAGGACCUUGUUGGUUUCUGGAUCAACAACUUGUUCAUGCGAGUUCCAAACUCAGUGGUGCUUCCCGUGGGAACCCAUGUGGACUGCUGUCGGGAGGAGGAGGUGGAGGAGAAGAGGCACGACAUCAUGACCAAGAUCACAGCCAUGCUGGUGGAGAGAAAAAGCAACCUUGCUCACUUCAUCAACAACCUGGAGGGCAGUGAGGAGCCCGAGUUUUAUGUGGACCAGUGGGAGAGGCUGAAGGAGAUGGAGAGCUGCACGUUAACCAUCUUAGACUUAGUUGCUGUCAACUGCACGGAUCACCGUGAUAUCAAAAAACUCGAGGCCACAAUUCUGGAGCAUGUGAAGAAUGAGGAGCUCUUCCCUGAGGUUGUCCGAGUGCUGCCACCCGUCUACAGGCAGGUGGAAGCUGCCAUCGUGGAUAUUGCACAGAGUGAGGAGAUGGCAGAUCAUGGUAUGAUGGACCUCCAGUACCUGCUCAGCAAACUCUCCCAGUGCAAGCACCUGGCCAGCCUGGGCAGAGAGCUUCUCCAGGACAUCUUGCGGUACCUCCACCGCAUCGGGCUUGUCGUGUGGUACGAGGAAAUCAAGCACCUGGAAAGCACUGUUUUUCUCCAGCCAACGUUCCUAAUAACUAUGUUCAAGCUCCUUGUGAGGUACCGCCUAGUCCAGCAGCUCGAGAGCAUCUCUGUGGACACACUUAUUGGGGAACAUGCCACCAUCAGAGACAGGUCCAACUGGGUGUGGACCUUCAGGUCAAAGGCAAUGCUGUGCCACCGGGCUGUGCGUGCCUUGGUGAAGCACCAGCUCUGUUCAGAAGGGAUGCAGGAGCUCUUUGAGGAAAUCAUGGGACACGGGCCCCACAGAGGUAGAGGGAAGCUCUUCAGCCUCCUGAAGCACUUUGAGCUCUGCCUGGAGGUGCGCCACACUGAAGCGCUCAACCCACAGGCCAGUGAGUUUGUGCCUGGGAAGCCGUGGGAGACAACACGGGGCCAAGGUGAAUCCUGGUACUUGUUCCCAACCUACCUGAACCAGACCGAAGAGGUCUCUGAGGUGUGGGGAGGAGAUCACCCCGAGGACCUCCACAUCCGUGCCUACUUCUCACCCGAAAUACCUGAGGGUUUCUUCCAGAGGUUCCUGGUGAAAGCUUGCUCCUUCUAUGCCACGCACUGGGUGGCCAAGGCAACCUGUCUGCUCAUAUGCAAUGGCAAACCUCUGCUGAUAAAAGAGAAUAACCAGAGGGCCUACAGCUACCUGGAGCUCCGGAGCAGAAAGCCAGCAGGAAGGACAGGUUUCCGAUUUGCCUGGGACUUCCUCAUGGCAGUUGUGUUCAUCAUCCAGAAGCUCGCCGAGGAGUGGCCGGGGCUGCACGUGUGUGUGAAGACCCCCUGCCGAACGGCUGGCUGUCCCGCUGAGCUCAUCUGGCCAGACAUGGAUGGCACAAAUGCCAUGUACGUACACACUGCGCCCCUCCAAUCCAAGGGCUGGAGCUGGGUGGUUGCUGCUGGGGUGGGGCUGGUCAGCUUCUAAAAGCCAUGUGAAAUUAGUUGCAAAACUCACCAGGCACUAUGUUGUCCUUCGCCUGACCAUAGCACGUCCCAUGUGCUGUUAGCAUUUACUUGUGUGGGAAAUUCAAGCAUGGAAAGAAAGGUGAAAAAGUUGAGGCUCUGGGGCUCAGGCACAUAAUGUCCACUCUGGCCAGGUGCCCACAUGUCCCGUUUGAUGAAGAGAUGAAGGUGCUCAGGCACCUGGUU